AAUCUUUGGCUACACUUCCUGGUCGGUGUUCUCUGCUGUGGAUAAUCGUGGAACUGAAACGGUCCAGCAGAAGCUGCAAGAACAGGGAACCUCGAGGCACGUGCUUGGACCGAGAACAUGUUCAUUUUAAGAUACUCAUUACAUACCUACACAUAGUUGCAUCGGUACGCGAGGUUUGCUACUGUCGCUAUUUAGACAGUAAUCAAGCCGGCGAGAGCUGUCGCGAUGGUGUAACCAUGGACAGCAGAAUAAACGAAAAACCAGAAAAAACAUUCGAUCUAGUGUUGCAGGUGGCAUGUCCUGCGUCCGAAAAUGAAGAUCCAGCCGUGCUGUGGAAGUUCCCCCAGGACUUCGGAGACCAGGAGUUACAGGAGGUCCUCCAGACUGUGCCUAAGUUCUGCUUCCCGUUUGAUGUGGAGAGAGUGUCCCCAAACCAGGUGGGCCAGAACUUCACAUUUGUGCUUACGGACAUCGAGAGCAAGCAGAGGUUCGGCUUCUGUCGACUGACGUCUGGAUGUCGCGUCUGCAUCUGUUUGCUUAGUUAUCUCCCUUGGUUUGAGAUUUACUACAAGCUGCUGAAUACACUGGCCGACUACUUAACAAAACAACAGGCAAAUGACUUGAAUGACAUGUUAGAAUCACUGCACAGCCUGCCCGUGCCAAAGCCCAACACUCCCGUCAACCUGAGUGUGAAUGAGUGGUUGCAUAUUUCCACGGGGCAAGUAGCGAACGCUUCGGGAAGCCAAGAACCGCACUCGUACUUCAUUGCUCCGGAUAUUAAUGGACUGCCUACCAUACCUGAGAGUAGGAACCUGACGGAGUACUUUGUGGCAGUGGACGUGAACAACAUGCUCCAGCUGUACGCCAGCAUGCUGCACGAGCGCCGCAUCAUCAUUACCUCAAGCAAGCUUAGCACUUUAACUGCGUGUGUUCACGGUGCUGCCUCCAUGCUGUUCCCAAUGUACUGGCAACACAUAUACAUCCCUGUGCUCCCACCUCAUCUGCUGGACUACUGCUGUGCGCCCAUGCCAUAUUUGAUUGGCGUUCAUCUGAGUCUCCUGGAGAGAGUGAGGAGCCGGUCACUGGAAGAUGUGGUGAUCCUAAACGUGGACACAAACACACUGGAGAGUCCUUCGGAUGACCUGCGGAACCUGCCCAGUGAUGUGGUCUCCAGUCUGAAGGGGAAGCUGAAGAAGCAGUCGACGGCGACGGGGAGUGGAGUGGCCCGGGCCUUUCUGCGCUCUCAGGCGGCCCUGUUUGGCUCCUACCGGGACGCCCUGAGAUACAAACCCGGUGAACCAAUCACAUUCUGUGAGGAGAGUUUUGUGAACCACCGUUCCAGCACCAUGCGGACAUUCCUGGAGACUGCCGUCAAUGCUCAGCUCUUCAAACAGUUCAUCGACGGCAGACUGGCCAAAUUAAAUGCAGGCCGGGGCUUCUCCGACCUGUUUGAGGAGGAGAUCACAGAGGGCGGCUUCUGUGGAAGUAACACAAGGUCUUACCAGCAGUGGAUGGUGGGUUUUUCUAAGAAGGGAGGCAAUUUACUCAAUACAGCAGUGUUCAAGACCAAGAGUCACGUCAAGCAAGGCUUUAAGGAGAUGCGGAGCCGACUGAAGCAAAGGCCGGGUGAGGAGGAUGACGGUUCGUACGGCGGCGGUUCCCCGACCAGCACUAAGAGUCUCUCGCCGCGGAGGCUGCAGAAGAGAAGAAAGCAGAAUUACGACAGCAAGCUCGCCAUCGGCUCUCCAGAUUACACCCUGGAUGAGGACGAACAGGACAGUGCCAGCAAGAUCUCGUCGGAGGACAGUGGGGAGGUGCCCUCGUACACGGAGGACAGCGACGACUCGUACGAGCUGGAGGCGGACGUGGCUCCGUCCUCGGGCAAGAUGACUCUCCUGGAGGAGAUCCUGGACUCGCUGAGCAGCACCAGCGUCCAGGAGGGCCGUCUCGUCUCCGCCAAGAGCCUGGACUUCCUGCGCUCCAUGGAGGACCUGGACUUCAAGCCCACGAAGAGGCCCAGUCCAUCCAGUGAGAGCCAGCAGGCCUGUGGCGACAGCAGCAGCAGCAGCAGUGGCGUCGGGGUGGGUGGAGGAGGAGGAGGAGGAGGAGGAGGAGGAGGAGGAGGAGGAGGUGGCGGCGGCUCGUCCGGUCGCUCUGCGGAGCCCAGUGGGGGCUGGCUCCUGGGCCAGGACGACAGCGCCGUGCAUGGCAAACACCUGCCCCCCUCGCCACGCCGCCAGCCCAGCUACCGCUCGCCCAUGCCCGCGCCAAGGCCCCGCGCCCACACGGACGACCCCGCCGCACACGGCCCCUCCGCACACACCCUGUCCGUCUACGCCAGCAGCACCACCCACACGCACCAGCCCUGUACGCCACCAGCGCCAACCCGCACCGCCGCUCCCCAAACCCCACCCACGCCACCUAAACCGGACUCCCUCAAGUCCCCAGCGCUCCUCCCGUCGGAUAGGGACCCUCCGCCCUCUCCGUCCCCCGGCGAAGGUCACCUGUCCGGGGCCGAGUCGCCCAGCCGGGAUCCAGAGCCCCAGCCCAGCAGCCCCAAGGCCCAGAGCCAGCACACACCGCGCGGGUUGCUGCGCAGCAGAGCCCUCUCCAAAGAGAAGCUGAAGCAGAGGGAUCGAGUCAGGCAGAGCGCCGCGCUCAUCCCCUGGCAGAGGGACUCUGCUGACCAGGAGGGGGAGGCCGACGAGGGGGAGGGGGAGGGGGGGGAGCUGGAGGUGGGGCUGGGAGGGAAGGUGCAGGAGAAGGGCCUGCUGGAGGAGAUCGACUCCUUGUGCAGCCUCGGCUCCCUCAACACCAGCCUACAGCUCACGCAGGUGCACAACAACACAGACAACAGCUGA